UGUUAGAAUCUCUUUAGUUUAAAUUUUGAAUGAUAGAACUUUAGUUUUUGUUAAGUGCUACUUAACCAUGGAAGAUGUCAGAAAUAUUUUUUAAACCUUGCAAAUCAUUGUGGAAAGAAAUCCAGCUAUAUGUUUCUUCAACAGAGAAUUUAUCUACAAUCAAAGUAAUCAUUGGAGAAUCUCUUAUUGAGGAAACAGAAGAAUUACAUUCUGAAGUUUCUAUUCUCAAUGAUAUCUGGAAAGAAAAAUAUGAAACAUUUUCUCAAUCUGCAAGUAUUCAAGAAGGGAUCUUGAAGCAAAUACAAUUUUUUGUGGAUUUGUUAAAGAAAAAGAUAGACAAAAGAGAAAGUUAUUGGAAAUGUAUUUUAAAUGAAACAGAUAUUCAACUUUUAGAUGAAGUUAUUAAAGGAGGGAACAUCAACUGCUCUAAUGAGUCAUUAAACCUAUUAUCUUUGACAGUAGAUAAAUUAGUGUUGAAGGUCAAUGAAUUAUUGGGUGAAGAAAAAACUGAAAAACUUGCUCAUACUUUCAGAGAACACUUUGAAGAUGAACGAAGAUUUCUUAUAAAGCAAGUUCAAGUUAUACAAAAUGCAUUAAUUGAAAAAAAUAACAAAUUGUCUCAAGGUGGAAGAUGUACUUCUAUUGCUGAUUUGCGUCAGUUAUGUGUUAAACUAGAAAAUGCAGUAUUAUCAAAAGAUGAGCUAGUUGGAUGUGUGAAAAAUUCGCUCGUAUAUCUCCCAAAGCCACCACUUCAAAUUAACAACGCGAUAUUUUUGCACAGGCGUAAUCGUUUGAUCUCCGCAAAAAAAACAUCCGAGAAAUGAUUCGCAUGGCGCAAUUACAUACUUAAAAUGGUCUGACUAAGUUUUGUAUUGGUUUAGAGAAAAGUUUUUCGAAAAAAGAUUCAUUAACGUUGAUCAAACAUUUUACUAACAUGUUUUUAAUGUUGAUCAAAGUUA